CCGACCCGUACCCGUCCCCAACCGCCUCCUCCCCCCCCCCCCCCCCCCCCCCCCCCCAUUAAUCCACCCAUCGAUUCCCUCCUCAAGACCUCAACAAAUCCACCCCGAAGCAGCAGCAUCCACCGCCACGCAGAGAGCCAGCAUUUGCGGCGGCGCGGAGGCGACUGUGUGUGGUGUGGUGUAGAUCGGAUCGGAGGAGAGAUGGAGGUGGAGGUGGUGGAGGGGACGACGAUGGUGGGGUGGGUGGUGUCCGGGGUGGCGUUCUGGUGGACGGCGUUCCUGCUGGCGCGCGGCGCCUUCCCCAAGCGCUCCUACGACUUCUGCAACCGCGCCGUCUCCGCCGCCCACGCCGCCGCCGCCGUCUCCCUCGCCUGCCUCUCCGUCGCCGACUGGUCCCGCCCCCUCUCCCCCCUCGCCGCCGCCUCCUCCCCUCCCCAGAUGAAGGCGCUGGCGGUGACGCUGUCGUACAUGGUGUACGACGCGGCGUGCUGCUACCUCAACGACGACGUCAGGGUGGACAACACCGUGCACCACCUCGUCAGCAUCGUCGGCAUCGCCGCCGGCCUCGCCUACCGGAGGUGCGGGACGGAGAUGGUGGCCAGCCUGUUCGUCACGGAGAUCUCCAGCCCGCUGCUGCAUCUCCGCGAGAUUCUCAAGGAGUUCGGCAUCAAGGACACCGACCUCAACCUCCUCGUCGAUAUUUUAUUCGCCGUGAUAUUCUCGGUGGCACGAAUGGGUUUUGGGCCAUACCUCACGUACGUCACCGUUACGGCAGACAACCCCAUCCUCAUUAAGGCGAUGGCGACAGGCUUGCAGCUGGUGAGUGCCUACUGGUUCCUGAGGAUCCUAAGGAUGGUCAGGCACAAGCUGGGGAAGAAAAGACCAGCGCCGAAAGUUGCCGGCGAUUGAUGCAAAAUCUUGUUUGGGAUCGAGCCGUGCUUGUAACAUAGUAUUGUUUCAUGGCAAGAAAUCAAGAAUGUCUCAAACAAUGGAUAUGAUGAUUUGUACUACUCUAGUAAUUUAAUUAGUUUUACCAUAUAAUUGCCCACUGAAUUAAUUAGGAACGAUUUCUUUUGUGGGUUCAUAAAACAAGUGUUUAGAGAUUUGGAGAAACAAUUUCCUCGACUCUUCCAGUUUGCGUUAGAGGAUAAAUUUCACUUUCAGCUUGACACGUACACGGAUAACACUAACGCAACUUCAGCGAAGAGAAACACCAGCUAAGAGUAAGAUUACUUGCACGUCAACAAGAAGAAUUGACCAAUUAGAAUGUUGUUGUAAAGUUGGAUGACUAAACCCCAACCAGGUAAACCAAAAAAAUAAUAAAGCUACGUGAAGAAAAAGGAAAAAGAAUGGACAUAUGUAACAGACAGCAAGUUACAAUCAAACUCGAGUCCAAACUUGGUAAAAUCUGGAUCUACAUACUCCAUGUUAGCACAGAAAACUGAGAAUGCCAUUUUGGACGCUACAAAAAGCAAAAGCUCAAGAGUGAGAAUGUUCCCGCGAUUUCUUCAGAACUUCCUGCAACACGGCCGCGAUCCUACCAGCCAUGUGGUGCUCCAUGAACAUUUCCUUCACCCUGCCAUAGCCUUUCCUACCCAUGGAGACCCUGUCCUCUUCGUGGCUCGCGAGCCUUACCAUGUUCUUCGCGAGGGGCGCGACGCCUUCCUUCCCGGCGGGGUGCAGGAGGCCGGUUGAGCCGUCCACGACGAUCUCCGUGGUCCCUCCGGCCGCCGUGCCCUGAUAGUAUAGAUAGAUAUAGGAGGGUGCAGUGUGACAUUAAACCCAAGUCAAUGAAAUUGUGGGGCUGUUUGGUUCCCAGCCACACUUUACCAUUACUUGCCAACAAAAGUUGCCACACCUUGCCUAAGGUGAGGUGAUCAAAUUGUUAGCCA